AUGGCAGGAAACCAGUCCCAGUGGAAUACCACACCUGCUGAGCCUUUACAGAACUUUUCUGUCUUCUCUCUGUUGAACUUGUCUGCUCCACCCUCUCCUCCACCCUGGAAGGCUCCCUCCUUCACUGUGGCAGCCCGCUGCCGUGUAGCAGCCACCCUGGUGCUGUUUGCAUUUGCUGCUGUCAGUAACUUGUCAGUCCUCAUUAGUGUGUGCUGGGGACGAGGGUAUCGCCUGCCAGCACACCUCCGCCCACUCAUUGCCAGUUUAGCAUCAGCUGAUCUGGUGAUGACUUUUGUGGUGAUGCCACUGGAUGCCAUUUGGAACAUCACAGUGCAGUGGUAUGCUGGGGAUGUCAUGUGUAAGCUGCUGUGUUUCCUCAAGCUCUUUGCCAUGCACUCGGCUGCAUUCAUACUGGUAGUGGUGAGUCUGGACCGCUUUCGGGCUAUCCUCCAUCCUCUGGACUCUCUGGACGCUGGGCUCAGGAACAAACGCAUGCUGCUUGUGGCAUGGACUCUGAGUGUGUUGCUGGCCUCUCCACAGCUGUUCAUCUUUCGGGCCAUUAAGGCUGAUGGAGUGGACUUCACUCAGUGUGUGACCCAUGGAAGUUUCCAGCAUCGCUGGCAGGAGACGGCAUACAACAUGUUUCACUUUGUGACGCUGUAUGUCUUCCCCCUGCUUGUCAUGACUUUCUGCUACACCCGCAUCCUCAUCAAGAUCAAUGGGCAGAUGCACAAGAGAAAAGAUGGUGAGCAGUGCCUUAGACGCAGUGGGACAGACAUGAUACCUAAAGCCCGGAUGAAGACCCUCAAGAUGACUAUUGUGAUUGUUAGCUCCUUUGUCAUCUGUUGGACACCCUACUACAUCCUUGGGAUCUGGUACUGGUUCCAACCAGCAAUUAUCCAACGCACACCUGAGUACAUACACCACAUACUUUUCGUCUUUGGAAACCUGAACACGUGCUGUGACCCUGUCAUCUACGGCUUCUACACUCCGUCUUUCCGGGCCGACCUCACUGAUGUGAUGGCGUGCUGCUGUGGUCACCAAGCCAACAACGCCUCACCUCGCUCUGUGGAUCAUCUGUCUUGUCGCAGAGCUGGAGCUGCUGGGGAGAUGGAGUCUGACCUGAGUUCAAACCAGCAUAGUGGCAAUCCAAUUUAG